AUGACUAUAACAGCAUCGAACACGCUGGAGUUCAAAUGGACGUCUCCAAGAAGUUCACGCUCCAGUUUUCGAACAACAACCGAUGCAGACCAGAAAAUUUCCAUAGACAUGAGCAACACAUAUUGUGAUCAGGUACUCGGACCAUUGUACUCUUACAUGAUGGUCCUCGGAUUAAACCAUACGCACAGUAGCGCUCGAAACACAAUGUUCAAAUGGCCGCUCACGAUUUAUAAUUAUGCAACAUUGGCAGUAUUGACAGCCGCCACCAUCCGACGCAUUUCGCAAAUCAAACAAAAGUCGUCAGCGACGAGCGAGGAAAAAGACGCUGCGUUCCAUGUUCUCAAUCCGACGUUUGUGCUCACACUGUGUCAUGCGUUGCUCAUGUUCAGUGGACUCGCCGCCGCGUUUCUGCUGCUCAAGCUGCAAAAGCAACGAGAGAAAAUGUAUCACGUACUGGAUCAAGGAUUGGGAAGGAAUCGAAGCGAGGAACAUGAUAGCCACCAUUUCAAACUGAACAAGUUGUUCAUUGGCAUAAGUUUCUCAUUUGCAGCGGCUCUCAGUUUUGUGCAAAUCGCUACCAAACUGAAAUAUCUCGACCUUCCAGACACACCAGAUCUCAUUAAUCGGAAAUUAUAUUUUGUAAUAUUGGAAGGAUAUGUGAUUUUCAUCGCAUCUAGCUGCAUUUCACUGGUGGCUAUCCUCUUCUUUCAACUUUGCCGUAUUCUACAGUUUUCCAUUGGUCAGCUCAUUGAGGAAAUGGUCCCAAAAGAAAAAGAAGAGUGUCCCCUACCCGAGCAAUCACUUCAACAAAUCCACGACGUUCAAAUUCAUUACCAAGAAAUCUCAAACGCCAAACUUUACAUAGAACAGAAUUUUUCAUUCUCUUUAUUCUACACAUAUGGCUGUUGUAUUCCAUUAACAUGUCUUCUGGGUUACAUAGCCUUUAGGAAUGGAAUACAGGCUGACAUGGCAGAAACCUUCUCGGUUGUGAUUUGGCUCACCAAUACUAUGCUCGCGUUGAUGUUAUUUUCCAUUCCAGCUUUUAUGAUUGCCGAAGAGCCCGGAGACAAACUGCUCACUGCUUCUUUCAAAAUGUAUCAUGAGACACUUUGCGAGGAACGCGAUCUGUUGGUUUUGUCUCAAAUGAGUUUCCUCUCCUUCCAAAUGCACGCCACCAAACUAACACUAACCGCUGGCAAUUUCUUCAUGAUGAACCGAAAGAUUAUGAUCAGUCUCUUCUCCGCAAUUUUCACCUACUUCCUCAUUUUGGUUCAAUUCGACGCGGAAAAGGAGCGAGCCGGAGAGUGCAACAAUCAGUCGCGAGUUCUGAUUGUUCAACCACCAAUGUAA